AUGAGUGACGACGACCCUGCAAAAGUAGGACUUCAUUUUGUUGCCAGCCAGCAGGUCAAGAAGUGUGCUCGUGAUGGAUGUCGGUUCACGCUUAUAAUUGUAGGUGCUUCUGGAAGUGGUCGAACAACACUAAUGAAUACCUUGUUUGGCGCAGAAAUAUUUCCUUACGAUACUUUGGAGCACGACACUUUUCAUAGGUAUGAGUACCAAUUGUGUGAAAACGGUGUCAAUUUACAAGUUACUUUGAUUGAUACUGGUGGAUUGCACCCAUCUGACUAUUCCUAUUCUAGCGUUGCUCGGUAUAUUGAUGCCCAACAUUUCCAACACAUUUUUCAAGAAGAACAACCAGCAAGAAAAAACUUGAGAGAUGAUAGGAUCCAUUGUUGUCUUUACUUUAUUUCACCAAAGAACCGUGAAAUAACUACCCAAGAAUUGAAUGCCAUGAGAGACUUGAGCACGAGGGUUAAUUUGGUUCCUAUUUUGGGAAAGUGUGAUACAUUCUCUCCGGCAGAAUUGGAAACCAUCAAGAUGAGAGUACGUGAAACCCUUCAACAAAAUUCAAUAGUGUGUGACUUAUCGUCUGAUGGUUCGUAUCAAGAUAUGACUGAACAGAUCAGGGCACAAAUGCCAUAUGCGGUAAUUGGUUCCAAUCAAGUCCAUCCUAAUUUCGAAGGAAAGAUGGUCAGAGGGCGCAAAUAUGCAUGGGGACUUGCCGAGGUUGAAAAUGUAGACCACUGUGAUUUCGUCACUCUUCGAACCUUGCUAAUGACAAACCACAUGUUGGACUUUAUCCAGUCAACUGAGGUCCACUACGAGAAGUUUCGAGAAUUUUGUCUCACAAAACGAUUAGAAUAUUUCGAAAGAACCUAUGGUGGUCCUGUGGACAAGUCUAGCUCGUUAAGUGUUUAUGCUGCUUACCAUCGGGUGUCGAUGGAAUUGACUUCAAACAACCUAAUUUUCGAGGAUGUUUCUUUACGAGGCAAAGAAGCAGAAAUGAAAAACAAAAUCACCAGAGAUGUACAGGUUCAGGAAAACAAGUUCAAAGAGUGGAAAAGAGAGCUAGUUGCAACCCAAGACUUCCUCAACAAAGAUAUCGACCAAAUGCAAGAAAAGUGUCUUCAGUUGAAACGGGAAAUUGCCAUGUACGAGUCAAGCGAGUCGAAUGUAUUGGACGACACACUUACUACUCCCGAAGAUAUGUCGUUAGCUUCUAUUGAAUAA